GGUACCAUGUGGGAACGGCUGUGAAGAGUCCCUGGCUUCAGAAUCAUCCUGAAAUUCCGAUCGUCAGAACUCCGCCGGCGUGAAAAAUGACGUCUUUAGCCCAGCAGCUCCAGCGACUCGCCCUCCCGCAAAGUGAUCCCAGUCUUUUAUCUAGAGAUGAAGUUGCCUCUUUGUUGUUUGACCCCAAGGAAGCGGCCACCAUCGACAGGGACACCGCCUUUGCCAUCGGAUGCACUGGCCUGGAAGAGCUACUUGGAAUUGAUCCUUCCUUCGAGCAGUUUGAAGCACCAUUGUUCAGCCAGCUAGCAAAAACGUUGGAGCGCAGUGUUCAGACCAAAGCAGUGAACAAACAGUUGGAUGAAAACAUUUCAUUAUUUCUUAUUCACUUGUCUCCUUACUUCCUGCUCAAGCCAGCACAGAAGUGUCUGGAGUGGUUGAUUCGCAGGUUCCACAUCCAUCUUUAUAAUCAAGAUAGCCUCAUUGCUUGUGUUCUGCCAUACCAUGAGACAAGAAUAUUUGUGCGGGUUAUACAGCUUCUAAAAAUUAAUAAUUCAAAGCACAAAUGGUUCUGGUUGUUGCCAGUUAAGCAAUCUGGAGUGCCCUUAGCUAGAGGGACUUUGAUUACCCACUGCUACAAAGAUCUUGGAUUUAUGGAUUUCAUUUGUAGUCUGGUGACAAAAUCUGUGAAGGUUUUUGCUGAGUACCCGAGCAGGUCCUCUCAGUUGAGGGUGCUCUUGGCCUUUUAUGCUUCUACCAUCGUGUCUGCACUAGUGGCUGCUGAGGACGUAUCAGACAAUAUCGUCGCCAAACUAUUUCCAUAUAUUCAAAAGGGAUUGAAAUCAUCUUUACCGGAUUAUAGAGCUGCAACAUACAUGAUAAUAUGUCAGAUUUCUGUGAAAGUGACAAUGGAAGACAGCUUUGUGAAUUCCCUGGCAUCCCAGAUCAUCAAAACAUUGACUAAGACCCCCUCUUUGAUCAAGGAUGGAUUAGGCUGCUUAAUAGUGCUCCUGCAGAGACAGAAGCCAGAGAGCCUUGGGAAAAAGCCAUUCCCUCACUUGUGUAAUGUUCCUGACCUUAUUACAACACUUCAGGGGAUUUCGGAAACUUACGAUGUCAGCCCGCUUCUGCGUUACAUGCUCCCCCACCUGGUCAUCUCCAUCAUUCAUCACGUUACUGGAGAAGAAACUGAAGGGAUGGAUGGUCAAAUCUAUAAGAGACACUUAGAAGCUAUACUUACAAAAAUACCACUGAGGAACAACUUAGACCAUUUGUUGGCUAGCCUUCUUUUUGAAGAGUAUAUCUCAUACAGUUCACAGGAAGAAAUUGAUCCUAGCAAAGUAACUUUGCUUAAUGAACAAUUUCUUCCGCUCAUCAGACUUUUAGAAAACAAAUACCCCAGUACAUUAGAUGUUGUGUUAGAGGAACACCUAAAGGAAAUUACAGAUCUACAAAAACAAGAGCAUUUUCACCAAUUUAUUUCUCUUUCUACAAGUGGAGGAAAGUAUCAGUUUUUAGCAGAUUCUGAUACCUCUCUGAUGCUCAGUCUGAAUCAUCCACUUGCUCCUGUGAGACUUCUGGCCAUUAAUCAUCUGAAAAAUAUCAUGAAAACAUCAAAGGAGAAUAUUGAUGAGUCUUUCAUAAAAGAAGCUGUUUUAACCCGAUUAGGUGACGAUAACAUAGAUGUUGUUUUGUCGGCUGUAAGUGCUUUUGAGAUUUUUAAACAGAACUUUAGUUCUGAAGAGACUAUUUCAUAUCUUCUGAAACUCUUUCAAAGGGCAGAACUUUCAAAGAAUAGAGAUUGGCUCAAGGUACUUGAGAUAGCAGCAGACUUGUUAAUUAAAGAAGAGAUACUGAGUGAAAAUGAUCAUUUGUCAAAUCAGGUGGUUAUAAAUUUGCUGCCAUUUAUGAUCAUCAAUAAUGAUGAUAGGGAAUCUGCUGAGAUGAAAAUUGCUAUCUACUUAUCAAAAUCAGGAAUAUGUUCUUUGCACCCUCUAUUAAAAGGCUGGAAAGAAGCUCUUGAAACUAUAAUUAAAAGCACAAAGUCAAGAAAAAUAAUUGGUGUAGCAAAUCAGAAGAUGAUUCACUUGUUGGCUGACAACAUAAUUUCAGGAGAUCCUUCUUCAAUGUUAAAGAUGGUGGAGGAUUUAGUAAGCGUUGGUGAGAAGGAGUGCUACAGCCUGAAGCAGAAAGUGACAUUUCAUGUGAUCGUGUCUGCGCUCGUCUCCUGCUGCUCAUCUUUAAAAGGAACUCACUUCCCAUUUGCUAUAAGAAUCUUCAGCUUGUUGCAGAAAAAAAUAAAGAAGCUGGAAAGUGUCGUGACUACAGUGGAAAUCUCCCCAGAAUGGCACUUUGAACUGAUGGCAGACAAAGGAAUCCCAUCGGAGCUGUGGGAGCAUUACAUAGAACAGCUCAACAGAGCCCAGGGGGUGGCAGUGGAAGACUCAGUUUUACUUGUAUUUUCUCUGAAAAAUUUUAUUUAUGCCCUGAAGGCCCCUAAAUCUUUCCCUAAAGAUGACGUGUGGUGGAAUCCCGAACACCUGGAGGAAGACAGCAGAGACUAUCUGCACUUGCUCAUCGGGCUCUUUGAGAUGAUCCUCGGUGGUGCUAAUGCCGCUCAUUUCAGGAUUCUGAUGAAACUUUUCAUAAAGGUGCAUCUAGAAGAUGUUUUUGAGUUAUUCAAGUUCUUUUCUGUUUUAUGGACCUAUGGUUCUAGCCUUUCAAAUCCACUUAACUAUAGUGUAAAAUCAGCACUGCAGACUCAAGCUCUCUACGUAGGCUGUGCGGUGCUUUCUUCUCAGAAGACGCAGUGUAAACACCAGCUGGCAUCCCUGUCUUCUCCAGUGGUGACAUCUCUACUCAUUAAUCUGGGAAGUCCGGUCAAAGAAGUCCGAAGGGCGGCCAUUCAGUGUCUGCAGUCCCUCAGCCAAGUAGCGUCCCCGUUUCAUUUGGUUAUAGAUCAUUUGGUUCCCAAAGCAGAAGAGAUAACCUCAGAUGCCACCUACGUUGUUCAGGAUUUGGGUACUUUGUUUGAGGAACUCCGGAGAGAAAAGAAGCUGAAAUCUCAUCAAAAGUUGUCCGAAACUUUGAAAAACCUUCUUAACUGUGUAUAUAGUUGCCCAUCUUAUAUUGCAAAAGAUUUGAUGAAAGUCCUUCAGGAAGUCAACAGUGAGAUGGUGCUUUCUCAGCUGUUGCCCAUGAUUGAACAACUACUAGAAAAGAUUGAGAAGAAGCCCAGGGCUGUUCUGAAAGAUGAGGCCAUUGUCUUGCACCGCACUCUGGGAAAAUAUAAUGAAUAUUCAGCUUCCCUUUUACAUAAGGACCCAAAGAGUCUGGACUUAUUUAUAAGAGCUGUGCACACAACGGAGCAACUUUACACAGGAAUGCCAACCAUUCAGAUCACAGCCCUGGAAAAGAUUACAAAACCAUUUUUCACCGCUAUAUUGGAUGAAAAAGUUCAGCAGAAGUUUUUGGGAAUGUUGUUUGAUCUAUUGGUGAACUGUAAAAACGCCAAUUGUACUCAGACUGUUAGCAGUGUUUUUAAAGGGAUUUCUGUGAAUGCGGAACAGAUCAAAGUAGAACUGGAGCCACCAGAUAAAGCUAAAUCCUUGGGCACCGUCCAGCAAACAAGAAGGCAAAAAAUGCAGCAGAAAAAAUCACAAGAUCUAGACUCCGUUCAGGAAGUUGGAGGACCCUACUGGCAAAGGGUAACCCUCAUCCUGGAAUUACUGCAGCACAAAAAGAAACUCAAAAGUCCUCAGAUAUUGAUACCAACCCUUUUUAACUUGCUAUCAAGGUGUUUAGAACCUUUGCCACAAGAGCAGGGAAAUAUGGAAUACACCAAACAACUAAUUCUUGGUUGUCUGCUCAGCAUCUGCCAAAAACUCUCUCCAGAUGGUGGCAGAAUACCCAAAGAUGUUGUGGAUGAGGAGAAGUUCAAUGUGGAACUGAUAGUUCAGUGCAUCCGCCUUUCAGAGAUGCCUCAGACCCAUCACCACGCCCUCUUACUUUUGGGUACUGUUGCUGGGAUAUUUCCGGAUAAAGUUCUACACAAUAUCAUGUCUAUUUUCACAUUUAUGGGAGCCAAUGUCAUGCGCCUUGAUGAUGCUUAUAGUUUCCAAGUUAUUAACAAGACAGUGAAAAUGGUUAUUCCAGCACUUAUUCAGUCUGACAGUGGAGAUUCCAAAGAAGUCACAAGAAACAUCGAAGAAAUCGUGGUGAAAAUCAUCAGCGUGUUUGUGGACGCGCUGCCGCACGUCCCAGAGCACAGGCGCCUGCCCAUCCUUGUUCAACUUACCGAUACGCUUGGGGCAGAAAAAUUCCUCUGGGUUCUGCUUGGGUUGCUCUUUGAACAGUACGUCACAAAGACAGUGCUGGUGGCCGCCUACGGAGAAAAGGAUGCUAUUUUAGAGGCAGAUACUGAAUUUUGGAUUUCAGUCUGUUGUGAAUUUAGUGUCCAGCAUCAGAUACAAAGCUUGAUGCACAUCCUGCAGUACUUACUAAAGCUGCCAGAGGAAAAAGAUGAAACCGUUCCCAAAGCAGUGACAAGUAAGAAUGAGUCACAGGAAGAAAUGCUGCAGGUCUUUAAUGUCGACACUCACACUAACAAGCAACUGCGGCAUUUUAAAUUUUUGUCAGUGUCCUUCAUGUCUCAGCUCCUGGCUUCUAAUAAUUUUCUCAAAAAGGUACUUGAAAGUGGUGGUCCUCAGAUUUUAAAAGGCCUCGAAGAGAGGUUGUUAGAAACUAUUCUUGGAUAUAUCAACACUGUAGCACAGUCCAUGGAAAAAAAUGCAGACCAACUAACCGUGAAGUUUUGGCGAGCUCUCCUUAGUAAAGCUUACGACGUGUUAGAUAAGGUAGGUUUCCAUUUUCCCCAUGGAGAAACCAUUUCUGCGUUUAAUCGUGUGUCUGAUUUUCAUUUAGACAGCCUGAGGCCGUGACAAUGGAAAAUGGGUCAGCAGUUUUUGCAGCUUUCAUUAUCUGGGGAUUUUGCCUGUCCUCUUCAGGUUCACCGAUUCCUAAAACUGGUCCCAGACCUUUUGGCCAUUGUCCAGCGUAAGAAAAAGGAGGGGGAAGAGGAACAAGCAAUCAACAGACAGACGGCUUUAUAUACUCUGAAGCUUCUAUGCAAGAAUUUCGGUGCCCACAAUCCAGAGCCUUUUGUCCCAGUGUUGGAUACUGCAGUGAAACUCAUUGCUCCAGAAGGGAAGGAGGAGAAGAAUGUCUUGGGAAGUGCCCUGCUUUGCAUAGCGGAGGUGGCCUCCACCCUGGAAGCGCUGGCCAUCCCUCAGCUUCCCAGCCUCAUGCCAUCGUUGCUGACAACAAUGAAGCACACCAGCGAUCUGGUCUCCAGCGAGGUCUACCUGCUCAGCGCCCUGGCCGCCCUGCAGAAGGUUGUCGAGACUCUCCCGCACUUUAUCAGCCCCUACCUCGAAGGGGUUCUGUCCCAGGCGAUUCAUUUGGAGAAAAUCACGAGUGAGAUGGGUCCCACCUCACAGCCUAAUAUGCGUCUCACAUCUCUCAAAAAGACACUGGCUACCACGCUUGCGCCCCGAGUCUUACUGCCUGCCAUCAACAAAACUUACAAGCAGAUUAAGAAGAACUGGAAGAAUCGCAUGGGUACUAUCAUGGGUCUCUUUACUUUGGUAUUGGUAGAAUCGCAUGGGGUGAUGAAGAAGGAGGAGCUCUCCUCCCACCAGUCGCAGCUCACCACGUUUUUCCUGGAGGCCCUGGACUUCCGAGCUCAGCACUCUGAGAAUGAUCUGGAGGAAGUGGGAAAAACAGAAGGUUGUAUCAUCGACUGUCUAGUAGCCAUGGUUGUCAAGCUUUCUGAGGUCACCUUCAGACCCCUGUUCUUCAAGCUGUUCGAUUGGGCUAAAACGGAAGAUGCCCCGAAGGACAGACUGUUGACAUUCUACAACUUGGCAGAUUGCAUUGCUGAAAAACUGAAAGGGCUUUUUACUCUGUUUGCUGGCCACUUAGUAAAGCCUUUUGCCGACACCUUGAACCAGGUGAACAUCUCCAAAACAGACGAAGCAUUUUUUGACUCUGAAAAUGACCCUGAAAAGUGCUGCUUGCUGUUGCAGUUCAUUUUGAACUGUUUGUAUAAAAUCUUCCUUUUUGACACCCAGCAUUUUAUCAGCAAGGAGAGAGCAGAAGCCUUGAUGAGGCCUCUGGUGGAUCAGCUGGAGAACAGGCUUGGUGGAGAAGAGAAGUUCCAGGAGCGGGUGACGAAACACCUGAUACCGUGCCUCGCACAGUUCUCAGUGGCCAUGGCCGAUGACUCUCUCUGGAAACCACUCAACUACCAGAUUUUGCUAAAGAUGAGAGACUCCUCCCCUAAGGUUCGAUUUGCUGCUUUGCUUACUGUAUUAGCACUGGCUGAAAAACUCAAGGAGAAUUAUAUUGUCUUACUACCAGAAUCCAUUCCUUUCUUAGCAGAACUGAUGGAAGAUGAAUGUGAAGAAGUGGAGCAUCAGUGCCAAAAGACUAUUCAGCAGCUGGAAGCGAUCCUGGGGGAGCCACUCCAGAGCUACUUCUGAAGCUCUUUGAUCUUUCAGACUCUGCUCAGAGUUGAAAUUUAUUUUUCGUAUUUUUAUUUUGGGGUGUUUGGUGCCAUGUUACUUUUGGUGCCUUAACACCUACUGGACUUAAUCACUUCUAGACAGAAUUCCCACAUGGUUUGUGCUACCAUAUAAGCCUCUCCUGCCAGUUGUAUAGAGUUUCAAAACAAGUAAAUGUUAUAUGAUGUUUUAAUA